CCACCAGUCCAGUCCAGUCCAGUUCACCAGUCUUGGUUACCAUUUUUGUUUUCUCUAACUCAACAUCUUCAUUGUUAUUUUUAUAUCUACAAUCUACAACCCCUUACGGUUCCCUAUGGAUACCUUACCCGUCGAGCUUAUGAGACUCGUCUUCUCUCAUUGCGAACCCGAGUCAGUAAGGAAUCUAAGAGAGGUCACUCGCAUGUUAGCAGAUGUAGGCUAUGAAUUCUUGCUAUCUUCCAGGUUCACCGCUGUCGGGUGGAGAAAUGAUAUCGACCGAUUACACUCCAUCGCGCUGCACGACCGAUUGAGAGGCAGCAUCACAUCAAUCUGCAUAUUUCUCGGCGAGUUGUCGUAUUACGACGUAUGGAGCACUUCAUGGUUUCAACAUUUCGUUACGCCUCCAGAUCACCGCAAUGAGUUAAUGGGAUCGGCUAGGCAGGAAUUCGAUAGGAUCGAAAGGGGGCGCAAAGCAGUUGGUCCAUUGCAUUUGAGGGCUGACGACCUUCGCGAAGCAUGCUCUUCUCUUCCGAAUCUUAAGGAGUUUGAGAUUACUUUCACGAAAUGCCCUCUCCAAAAUGACCUUCUCAAGGAUGUCUUUGACUACCCAAGCUGCAGGAAGCUGGAUAGACCCCAGACGUAUAGCAAUUUAGAUGCUAUCAUCUCCUCACUCCAUGGAGUCCCUCUGACCUCUUUCAAGGUGGAUCGACUUCCCCUCGAGUUAUUCCGUUCAAAAGACCAUCGCAGCCACUGGUUUAUGCACGCUCAGUCGUUCAGUAGUCUGGAGACCCUCAACUUAACUCUCGACCCGUCAGGGCUGCAAGGCCCUAGUUCAGCUUUCAAGGCCGUCAACGGACUCGGCCGCAUCCUGCAGCUCGCGACGAAUCUGCGAAAGCUGAAGCUCGCAUUCCACCCCUAUUCCAGCGAGAACUCCAAGUUCGCCCUGUCGUUCCGUGAGCUAUUCUACGACUUCACGUACAAACAGCUCACAGACCUGACGCUCGAGGGCGUCUCGUGCGAGGAGGAGGACCUCAAGUACUUCCUCGCGCGGCACGGCGCCACCCUCCGCCGGCUACGUCUCGGCGGCCGCGGGCUCGCCAAGCCCUUCGAGGUGUCGCUGGGAGGCAUCCAUAUGUACGAGGGCAACUUCAAGUCGUUAUUCACGGGACUCCGCGCCAAGAUCCCCAAGCUCGAACGCCUGCAUCUCGAGGGCAUCUUCGAGUGCGAGCACCACGACCUGCCCUCGCACGAAGCCUACAACUUCUACCCCCUGACCAACGAGGACUGGGAGGAGGUGCCCCGCCCCAAAUGGGUGCGCAGCUCGCGGAAGACUAUCAGCUGCUUCCCGUUCGAGCAGUAUGUCCUCUUCGGGGGCCCGUAUCCCGGGAAUGCCUUGGCCCAGCAGGCCUACUAGUCGAAGGAGCAAUUUCGGCUGCGACUUAUAGAUCACGGGCCCCGUUUAUCAUCGUUACGAGCAACGUUCCUCGAUUUCAACUUGUAUCACCACGGACUCUUGCAUAACCAGGAGUGGUCAUGUGGCGGCGACGGCGGGUUAUGGGGGGGCGUCGAGGGAGCAUGGCUUGCAUUCCUGCGAUUAUUCAUUAUUAUUAUCAUUAUUAUUAUUAUUACGAUUUUUUGAAGACUUUACCGUAUCAUACAUACCACGCUACG